CGGGGCGGGGCGUCCCAUCGCGAAGUGGCGGUUUUCUUGAGGUGGUUUCCUGGGUAUCCCGCGUCGUCUGUGAGCUGCAGCGUACACUGGACAGUGUUCCGUCUGUCUAGGAGUGCCUGGAGGCUCAGCUCUUCUCCUAAUACCUGGAUACUGAUUAAGUACAGUAUUUGGACUCUGCCGCAGGCCCAGGAGUCACCGAUGCCAGGACGUGUGACCCCCCUCAAGAAGCCUCGAAAUACCACACACUUGCCACUGGCUUUAAACCCCAUGAAGAGCCAGGACGUGUUGGCCGUGUUGGCCGAGAGGAACGAGGCUAUAGUGCCAGUUGGGGCAUGGGUGGAACCUGCCUCCCCAAACUGUAAGGAAAUCCCAGCACACACCUCAGCAUAUAUAAUUGAAGGAGAACUAAAGGAACAACAAAGAAGAAAACAAGAAGCUUUGAAACAUUUUCAAAGACAAGUCAAAUACCGAGUGAAUCAACAUAUCAGGCUUAGAAAAAAGCAACAGCUUCAGAAGUCUUAUGAAGCAGUAGAAAAAGAGGGCUCUAUAGCCAUGCGAUCUUCAGAUCGCGCAUACUUAACUCCUAAAAGGACAAGUGUUUUUCCAAGCAAUUUGAAUGCUGCUAUCGGAAGUUCUAUACUACCUCCUUCCCAGAUGCUUGAGGAUACAGUAGAAGAUGGAGAGAAUCACAGUGAAUUAUUCCAACAAGCCCAGGCUCUUAGUCAUACCAUGAAACAGGCACGACACCAGCUAGCAUCCUUUAAAACGACAGCACCUUCUGAGAAGCCAGAAAAUGUCAAUAUAAAUACAGAAACAAGAGAGUUUCCUCUAAAGACUCAUCAGGAUCUUCUAACUACUGUACAUUGCCAAAACUUUGUGGACAAUCAGGAAUCUGACUGUAAGGAAAUUUCUUCUGUUAUGACAGAUGAGAAACAGAGAGCUUUGAUUUGUGGAAACCAGCAAGAUCUCCUUUCUGAAGACAAAGAUAAGUCUUUGAGCAGAGUUCAGGGUCUUCAGGAUAUUUUGCCAGAAGCUCAAGAUUGUCUUCUAGAAGCUCAGGGUGAUCUCUCAGUAGAAAUCCGAAGCAUAAAGCUUAACUCUCCAAGGAUUGAGCCAGAUUCCCAGGCUACUGGGCCAGAAGGAAAGGCUAUGAAGACAGAAACUCUGAGUACUGAGCUAGAAGAUGAGAAUGUUGAGAUGGAUGUCCAGGAAUUGCUUUCCAAAUGUCAGGACCAGGAUUCUCUAUCCAAAGAUCACUGUGUUCUCCCUAAAGACCAGAAUAUUUUAUGUAAAUAUCAGGACCAGAAUUUUCUACCCAAAACCUGUCAUAUCGUCCACAAAGAACAGAAUAUCCUAUUUAAAAGUCAGGACCAAGACUUUCUACAGGGAGACCAGAAUUUUCUACUCAGAGACCAGUAUGUUCUUCCCCAAAGCCAGAGUAUUCCAUCUAAAUAUCAGAACCAGGAUUUUCUGCCCAAAUGUGAAGACCAGGACUUUCUCUUCAAAGAUCAGAAUAUUCUAUACCAAUAUCGGGAACAUGAUUUUCAAUCUAAAAACCAGAAAGUACGCUUUCAGGAGCCAUUCUCUGGUAGAACAGGUGAAAAAGGGAGAGAUGUCUCUUCUGUGGAUCAUCAGUACCGGCCAUCUAAAUUCAAGUUCCAAGACUUCCUCGGAGACCAGAGUUUAUACUUUAGGCAGAAGCUGUCAGUUGGGACAGCUGAAAAAUGUCGAGAGGAUCUCCCUCUAGAUGGUCAUCAGCACCUUCCAAACAGGCAUCCGAGAGAUACCUGCAGAAGACGACAGGUUUGUGGUGAGGAUCAGUCAGGAUUGAACACUGAAUUCCAAGUUCCACUGGCAUUUCAUUCUGGAGUAGAUCAAGAAGAAGACAAAAAGGAGCGUCAAAAGCAGUAUCUGAGAUACAGAAGACUUUUCAUGGAUAUUGAGCGAGAGCAAGUGAAGGAACAGAAAAGAGAAAGGGAACAAAAGAAAAAAAUUGAAAAAAUUAAGAAAAGGAAAGAGCAACAACGUUUUGCUGAAGAGCAGAGAAUCCUGACAAUGAAAUGUCAAAAAGAAACAUACUCAGAGGAGAAGAUGAGUGACCUUUUAGCUCAGUUACAACUUGAAGAAAUAAAAGGAGCCAAAGAAAAACAGCAACAGAAAGAAAAAGAAUAUGUAAGAUAUGUAGAAGCUUUACGAGCCCAGGUCCAGGAGAAAAUGAAGCUGUACAAUAUCACGUUACCUCCGUUAUGCUGUUGUGGUCCUGAUUUUUGGGAUGCCCAUCCCGACACCUGCGCCAACAAUUGUAUUUUCUACAAAAACCACAGAGCAUAUAAUCGGGCAUUACAUUCAGUCAUCAAUUCCUCUGAUAUCUCUGAGGGGAACUCAACUCUUCGAAGUGCCAUUCGUAAUUUUGCCUCUGCAAACAGACGGACUUUGAAAAGAAUCUCUAAUAAGAAUCUGAAAUCAACUGAAACAACUAGUAGUAUUUCAACCUUUUAAAAUCAUCUCUGAGAAAUUAUUGAGGAAAACUGUAGUGUAUAAGAUUGUAUCUGGAAAGAAAUACUAUUCCAUAUAACAAUUAAUCUUUAUAAUUAGAUAUCUGCUUUGGGACCAAGACUGAAAAUUGACUCAAACAUGUCUCUUUUUUGAUCAGACAAGUAAGAUUUCUCUUACUUUGAGAAAUCUUUGUAAAACUGUUUUGAGUCAUGACAAUGUUGAAAAUGUAUAGCUAAAAAAAAAAAGUGAUGAAAUGGGUUUAUGAGCCUUAGUGGUUGUCUAUUGCUGCUAGCUUUCCUAAUUUUAUAUAACAGUUUGGAUUUGAUAUAGAUAUUUUCUUCUCCAAAUUUUCUCUCUUAUUUUUUUGCUUUUUAAUUUAUUGAUUCCCUUUGCAGUGACAGUGGACCUAAGGGUAAUUUUUUAAAAAUAUUUUUAUUGUAAAAAAAAGUCAAACCCUCUAUCUUUUGCAUAUCUUGUAUGUGAAAUAAUUGUGACAUUUCCAAAAGUAAGUUGGAAAGCUUUAUUUCUCUGUCUUUAAAAAAAUCUGGUGAACUGUUUCUAUACACAGAAUGUGUAAAGGUUUAAUAUAAUUAAAGAUAGGUACUGAAAGUUUCCUCUUUCUAUUUUCUCUAAUACACAGUGCUGAAGAAGUAUAAGUAAGUAGUUUUUAGUAUAUUCACUGGGUUGUACAACCAUCAUCACUCACUUCUACACAUUUUCCUUACUAAAAAAAAGCCCAUGACCUAGCAGUCUCACUUCUGGAUAUAAAAUCAAAAACCUUUUGAGUAAGAUCUGCAGCAAACACUGUGUGGCCAUAUUCAUAAUAACAUUCUUCACAAUAGCUAAAAGGUGGACAUACACCAAGUGUCCAUCAGUGAAAAAAUGGAUAAACAAACCUGGAGCAUACUUACAAGAGAAUAGUUUUCAGACUUAAAAAGGAAGGAAAUCCUGUUGUGUCUUACAACAUUAUGCUAAAUCAAGUAAGGGAGUUCCAAGAACACAAAUAUUGUGUUCCACUCAUCUGAGCCCCAGAAAGUAGACUGAGAGAGAGAAAGCAAAAUGCUGGUUGCCAGGAGCUGGAGUUAGGAGUAACUGAGGCGUUAUUAUUUAAUGUGUGUAGAGGUUUGUUUUAUUGGAUGAAACAAUGUGAGUAUUUCACAGUAGAGACUGAACUAUAUACUUGAAAAUUGUU